AAAUACUAUAAUACUUACUUACUAUUUCUUACUAAAUUAUUAGAAAAAAAAGCUUUUUUACUAAAUUUAAAAGCCUAGUUGAACCAAUUAGACAAGCCUCUUCACUACUUAUAUAAGCACAUACUAAGCAAAGACCAGAUAACUGCACAAUAACAUAUUCUAAGGUAUACUUUAUAAGUCAUGAGUCAUAAACUAUUAGCGAAGACGGAUAUUAUGAAAACUAGGACAAUAACGGAGGAAACUUGGCAAUAAAUUUAGAAUAAAUUGAAUGAUUUGAUCAUAAACAAUGAUAAUUUGAAUCAAGUUAUUCUGGAUAAAAAUAAAGAAAAUGAAAAUCUUAGAUAAACAAUAGAGAAACUUUAUAAUACUAACAAGCAAUUGCAAAAACUUAACAAACUAGUUCAGCAAAAUUAUUUAACUGAAAUAAAUAAUUAGAAGAAGCUAUAUGAAGAGGAGCAAUUAUACUCGGAUACACUUAAAAAAGAACUGCAAGAAAGCAAUAAAGAUAAAGAUUUGUGGAAGUUAAGAUACUUUUAGCUUGAAAAGGAGCUUUAAUAAAUAUCUAAUAUGGAAAAGGAGGUUCUAUAAUAUUUGCCACUUUAGCAGCAAUUUGAAGAGAAAUCCAAAAAUUAAGAAAGCUAAAUUGAAGCACUAAAUGCUGCUUUGGAAGAAAGAGAGUAAGAUUUGCAAAUAUUGAGGGAGUAAAUAAAAUAAUAAAAUACAAUAAAUAAAUAAAUUGAAGGCUCUAAAAAAGAGUAAGCUAAAAACAAUAUUGACAUUGAGUAGUUAAAGAGGGAAAACGAUGUUUUACUGCAAGCUUAAUUAGAAUAAAAAAAAAAGAUAGCUUAACUUGAACAAAUGAUUUAAAAUUUUAAUUUAUAAAAGUAACUUCAAAACUAAAAUUUAAUAGAAGAAUAGCAAAUGAAGUAAGAAAACUUGCCAAUUAUUUAGGUCAGUGAGAAGUAAAUUGAUGAAUAAAAAAAUAAGGAAUAAACCAGAAGGAAGAAAUUAAGCUUUAACACAGAAUCUGUGUCUGAUAAUAAUAAUGAAUCUAAUAUCUGUAUAGAAAAUUCUGAUGAUUAGUAAAAUAACAAAUCUUCUGCUAGACCUAGUAUCAAGCUAAAUUAAGUUUAAUCUCCACAAAACAGUGCAAGCAAAAAGUAGGAUUCAACAGGAGCUUUAGAUAAUUUAGAUAAAAAAAUAGAUUACUUGAUGAGAAAGUAAUCUCGAAAAGUUUCAUAAGCAUUCACAGAGUUAGGUUCAAUGCAAAAUUUAGGAUAAGAUUCUGGUAGAGGUGAUAAUAAUAAGAGUUCUAAUAAUACAUCUUUUUCAAGACCAUCUGGACCUAACUAAGCUAUGAGGAAGGAUACUUAAACUGAUGAAUUUGAAGAUCUAUUUGCACCUAGGUAAAAUGCUUCUUCUUUCAAUAGUACAUCGAAAUCUCCUAGAAACUUAUUUUUAAAUGCUGGAAGAUAGAAUGAAGAUGAUGAUAGAUUUAUGUAGACUUAUAACUAAGAAUAUCCUGCUAGACCAUUAAGCACUAGCAAAGUUAAAUAACAAAAUUAAAAUUAAGAUACUUACUCAAGAUUUAGCUUUUAAUAUGAAAAGGAAACUGAGAAUUAAAUUAGAAAUUAAGAAAUAAAUCAGAAUGAAUAGCAUGUUUUUAUGAAUAAUAAUGACUAGAAUACAGAUUUGGAUAACUAAUAGAUUAUUUAUAGAAAUAGCGAAGAUAACACAGAAGUGAAUAGAACUUAAGAAUUUUCUUGUUUGAUUGAAAAAAAUGAUGAUGACUUUUAAUCUAUGAAUGAUCCUAACAAGAAUAUUUUAAGAGAAAGCAUUAAAAUUUAAGAAAAUUAAUAAAAUAAUAGCAAUUAAGAUUAAAUAAGAAGAAGGAGCAAAGAACAAAUGGAAAAUGAAAAUAACCACGAUUCGUAACAAUUUAAUAAGAAUAAUGGAUUUUUAACUGAUACAGCUUUUAAUAUUGAUUAAUCUUAAAGACUUAGACUUUCGUCCGAAGAAUUAAUGUAAUAAAGAUAUUAAUUGCAGUAAUAAGAAGAGCCUUCUCCAGUUAAAAAGAAUUCAAGAAAUUUUAAAGUUGAGCAAAAAAAGAGACUUUCUUUCUAAAAAGAAUUGCAAAUUAAAGUUUACAAAAGCUAAAACAACUCUGAAGUAGAAGAUGAAGAUGAAUCAGCUGAAGAAGAUUAAAAUCAAAAAAUUAAUCCAAAGGAGAUAAGAGAGGCUCAAAUUAAAGCUACAAUUUAACAAGAAAAUAACGGAUAAGCAAAGUAUGAUAAUCAAAUAUUUAAUCCUAGCUAAAAUAGUUAGAAAAGAACAUCUGGAUAAUUUUAAUAAUAGAAUCUGAUAGAGGAUGAUCAGAUAAAUUAGAAGAAAGAUUUAACAUAAAAAUAGAAGGAGUUAGAGUAAAUAGAACAAAAGUAUUUAGGAGACUCAUAAUCAAAUUUGAAUUAAUAGAUAAAUAAUCAGCAAAUAAAUUAGUAGAUUCCAUAGUAGUUGUUAAAUUAAGAAGAUUUAGAAUAUCGUAAUUAGGAGAUAAGUGAACGUGCUAGGAUUUUCAAAGGAUAGGAAGUGCUUGAGAAUAGAAUUAAAGAAGAAAUAGAAAAGUAGCUUGCCUUAUAGAGAAGAAUUAACUUAAUGGAGUAAGAGAAACUUAAUAUGAUACUUCUUCUUUAACAGAGAUAGGUAGAGGUAGAUAAGGUUCAUAAGGAGGAAAUUAUUAUCCUUGAAUAAAAAAUAGAAGCUUUGGAAUAGAAUUAAAAUCAAAUGCAGAAUAUAAUUAUCUAGUAUUAGCUUGAAAAUCAAAGUGGAAAUGAAAAGGAAAUUGACUUAUAGCAUGAAAUCGAGACUAAAAAACUUAUUAUUUAAUAGCUGCAAGAAAAAAUUAAUAGUAUGCAAGAAAAAUUAGAUAAAUUUAAAAUAGUUUAGUAAUAAAUGAAAGAAUUAGACUCUUAACUUAAAGAAAAGAAAUCAGCAGUGUCAAAUUUAGAAGUGUAGGUGUCUUAAUUACUUAGAGAAAAUGAGAGAAUAAACGAAUAAUAUGAAAACUUACAAAAUUAAAUGACAAUUAAAAUGGUUGAUAAAGAAGAGCUUUUAAAAAAAGAUGAAGAGCUUGAAGAAGUUAAAAAAGUACUUGAAAAAAUCCCGUAGGAAUACCAAGAAAUAGUCCUAAGCAUGCAAAAAACAGUUGAUGAAAUAGAAAACAAAAUGAAAGAAGAGCAAAUUUCUUACUAGAAAAAAUUAUAAUAAAUUAACAAAAAAAAUUAAGAAUAAAUAAAUGAAAUGAGGGUUGACUUCGAUACUUAAAUGAUUAAACUCUAAACUACCUAAGAGUAAAUGUAAUUAUAAUUAAAUGAAAAGCAUCAAUAAAGCCUAGAUUUGCAAAGUCAAUCUCAAAUUCUCAAAAAUCAAAACGAAGAAUUAAAAAAUUUACUUAGACAAAAUCAAGAAUAGCACACAAGAUAAUUAGAAAAGAUGAACCUUUAAAGCUCUGAGAAAUUUGAAAGAGAGUUAUUGUAGCAAAGAAACUAGCUAACUUAAGAUAAACUGGAAUUGGAAAGAAAGAUAAUAGAAUUAAAGUCUUAGGUUGAAGUGGAUAAGAUGGAAGCAAGAAAACUUGUAGACCAAAUAGAAGAUUCUGAAAUUACAAUUAAAGAAUUAAAAAAUAAAGUUGAAUAGAAAGAAUAGCAGCUAUUGAUGCAGACAAGUACUUUUGAUGAAAAUAUAAUCUCUCUAGAGAAGAAAUUGAAUUAGUUAGAUAAAAUUAAUGAUGACUUGAAAAAAGUUAUCAGCCAGAAAGAUAAUGAAAUCAAAAGAUUAUAUAUAUCCAGAGAAGAGGAAUUAGCAAACUAGCAAGAGCUAGAGCAGUAGUGCAAAUCUCUUGAAGAAAUAUUCUAGCAAUUUAAAGAAGAAAAAACAUAAUAUGAAAAAAAGAUAAUGGAUUUAGUUGAUAAAAUAUUUGAUUUAUAACAGUAGUUAUCGGUAGCUACUAAAGAAAAGAAAGAAUGGUAAAAGCUGAAUGAUAAUAAAACAAAAUAAAUUGAGGAGUACUAGAAAAAAUUAGUUCACUUAAAUAUUGAUUUUAACUCUACAUAACUAGAAAUAAGUGUUUCACCAUAAAAGAAAGCUGUUGAUUCUGCUUUUUAGGAAAGUGCAUCUAAAUCUAAAAUGAUUUAGUUGGAUUUUGAUAUGAAUUAAUCUUAUAGUAAAUCAUAAAAUUUAAAUGGUUCAUUAAAAAAAAGUUUAAACUCAUCUUAAAGAGCAACUGCUCUUAACUCUAACAAUAUUAUAAACAGUAAAAAUUUGAAAAUUGAUGAUGAUAAUAAAUACUAUCAAAAUUAAUGA